UACUUCAUUCCUAUUGUUUUGGGGUCACUAUUUAUUUAUUGAUUUUUUUUUCCUAGGAGAAACAGAAACACUCGGAAUAAAAGCCAACCUUUUAAGACGUGCUCCUAUCCCUGCCGGGCGUCCCUGGGAUAACGCUUACCGCGAAGAAGUGCUGUCGGGAGAGCCGGACCCCGGCGGAACCGCCGGCAGCCCCCUCCUCCGCCCCGGGCAGCCGGGAGGGACCGGAGGGGAGGCGCUUGGGAAAUCUGAUGCUAAAGAAGCCCCAGGAAUGUUGCACAUUGCCAUUCCCCUCUAGCUUUCGGAGGAGGUCAGUCCCCGCUACGGGCAGCCGCCCUGAGGAGCCCAGCCCCGAGGCCGCACUUGCUCCGGGCGCUGCCCCGCACCUUCCCGCAGGCUUGGCUGGAGAUGCUGGGGAGACGGCUGUGGUGGGAGCUCUGCUGCCUCGGCGUCUGCCUCUCGCUGCUGUGCGCGGGGGGCAGCCCCGCCGCCGAGUCUUGCCGCGGCCCCCCCUGCGGCGGCGGCGAGGCUCCCCCGCCGCCCUGCCGCGGGGCCCGCUGCGGCGGCAGGACCGGCCGCCCGGCGCGCUCCUUCCUGCACACCGCCACGCCGCUGCGGCCGCCGCAGGGCAAGGCGCCGCACGCCGCCCCGCACCCCACCGCCAAGGGGGGCGCGCCGGAGGCCUUCUGCGGCGGAGACUGCGCCGCCAACGGCACUCGCCGGGACUGCCAGGGCCUGGAGUGCCGGCUGCUGCCCCGCCUGCGGCCGCGGCCCCGCGGCCCGGGCUGCGCGGUCGCCGCCGAGAGCUGCCCCGAGCCCGCCCUGCUGCGCGCCGCCGAGAGAGCCGCUCAGUUCGCGGGGGACGACAUCACCUACGCCGCUUCCGAGCGGGGCGGCGGCGCCCUGGGGGUGCAGCUCACCUGCGACGUCAAGCCAGGAGAAAAUGAAGUGCCAUCUGAAGAUGCCUUAAUACUACAGCUGCACCUUGCGAAAGGGCAUGAGAAAUUUACUGAAAUGCUAAAAAGCCAACAGCAGAUCAUUGUUGAUUUGCAGCAAAAACUUGCUGAACAGCAGCACAUACUGGUUAGCCAGCAACGGGAGAUUCUUGAACAGCAAAGAAAAAUGUAUGAGCAAAUGGAUCUGAUCAAAGUCCAAUAUGGCAUGCUUUUUGAUACGGUGAAGCAAAUGUCAUUUCAGAGUUUGCAAGAAGAUAUUCAAAAUUAUUUUGAAAGUCAUCUUCAAGGACUUCAGAACCAGGUCAGAAAUCAGCUCCAGAAGUCAUACUCUGUGCGUAAGGUAGAAGUGGAUGCGAAAGUGAUUAAUGUUGGGGAGUCUUUGCUGGACUGUGGCCUUUGCGAAAGUGAUGAAUUUUGCAAUUUCCAAAAGACACCAUCACAAUGUGAAAAAUGCACAUUGUGUCCUGCUGGCUUUUUCCAAAUGGCUGAGUGUUCUGCAAACUCUGAUCGGAUUUGCCAGGACAGAGAUGAAUGCACUGAAUCUCCAAGCAUUUGUGGUGAGAGGAUAAAAUGCCUGAAUACUCCGGGUGGUUUCCGAUGCCUUGGAAUUGCUGAGAAAGAUGCAGCUUUGGGAAUGUGUGGAGAGGAGUAUUUCUUUAAUAAGGAAAUGCAGGAAUGCCAAGCGUGUUCACAAUGUGAAGAUGGAAUGGUGGCCAUGCCUUGUUCCACUGUCAGUGACACGGUUUGUUCAGUAACCAGUGAAAACAAGCUCGCAGAGUCUUGGGCUGCAAACAUCAUUCUACCCUAUGUAAAGUCUGGCAUCUCUCAGGUCUACUCUGGCUUGAACUUGAAGAUAAAAGGGAAGCUUCCCUCUGAAAUCCUAUCCGUUGAAGAUAACAACCUGGUAUUCAGGCAACACGGUCUGCUGUGGACUGACCUCAAUUUCGCAGUAAAGCACAACUGCAGGAAUUUUUUGCAACUUUCCUUAAAGCUUAAUGGCAGUGAGGAAGGCUAUGAACUGAGCGGUGUUCGCAUUGAGCAGCCAGAAGGAAGGUAUUUCCAGAGCACUAGUUUAAGUGGUGCUGCUGAAGUGGAGCCCAGCCAAACUCUUUCUAUUUAUUUGAGGAGCCCAAAUCAAUUCUGCAAUCAAAGUAAAGACUUAAACAUUUAUGAUCUUAAUACCCCACUCAGUUUGUUUUGGUUGUCUCAUGACACGGGUGCUGUGGCACUCAGUGCACAGAUGUCAACAGCAAUGCAUUACCAAACCAACUAUCGACCUACCUUUAAAAUAAUUUCUGUUUCUGACCCUUACAUGCUAAGUUUAUCUCAUGAUGGCAGAGCUAUAAAGUUCACUGAAACUGGUGUUGUCAAAUUUGUGUUCCACCAGGCAUUGUAUUCCAUGGGUCAUACAUGUGUCCGGGAGGGCUUCUCCUUAGUUUCUUAUAUCAACAGGAAUGGUAGCAACAGCGAAUUAAUGAAUGUAUUUAAAUCUGGGGUAAAUUACAGAGACACAUCAAUAUCUGCUUCUGGGGCCACAAAAGUUGGUUCUGGAGAUCUGAUUAGCUUUGAGAUACUUUCUCCUGCACAGUGCAAUGUUCGGUAUUUUGGAGAUAGUUCUGGAAUUAGUAUGUUUAGCCUCAUCUGGAUCCCUUCAGCAGUUUCAAGUGCCAUAUCGGCCACAGUUUCUGUUACAGGGCUGCCUACUGGAGCUGUGAGAAACAAAUUACUGGAUUUCACCCAGGUCUCAUCCAAUGAGAAACAGAUACAGCUGGUUUCUUCUGGACAGCUUGCUCAGAAGUAUUUCGUUUUUACUGAAAAGGGGGUUGCCAGCCUUGCAUUUAACUUAAAGCUAAUCCACUCAUGCAAUGUGCUCAAAAUGACUCUCAAUCAGUUGACCAUGGAUCACAUGCAACCCACAGCAAUUGCUCAGCAGAUUGGAGGACAGAUGCCAGAGGGAAGCAUAUGGACCAGUGUGUCCCUCCGUGCAUCUUUUGAAGUACGUAACGGAACACUGAUAUCAGUUUCUCUUGACUGUGUGCGUGGAAGGAUCAAUCAGAUCACUCAUGAACAUGGAACCAGUAUAUCUAUUUUAUGGAUUUCAUCUUAAUUUCUGUACAGUGAAGUUAGCAUGGAACUGGGGUUUAAAUUGCAUUUGGAUUCCACUCUGAUUCUAUACAUAUUCGAUGCCUUAUACUGUAUUGGCAUGAACAGAUUGUCCCACUAAAAUGCUCUCAGUUUUAGGAAUAUUUAAAUAUAAUCAUAACUGAAUGAUCAGUAUGUAAGAAAAGAGAGCUUUCCGUGUUUCAGGGUUUUAUUUCUGUUAACAUCUUCAGGCAGAGGAACCUUAAAUUCAGAUCAAACUCUCUUAUUUUUAAUAAAGCAUUGUCUUAAAAUCGGUUAUUUCUGGACCACAAAAAAACUGCAGGUGGAGGUUAAUACAUACCUUUUAGUACUGCAACUGAAAGCAGCACAGCCAAAUAAUGAAAACCUGCUUUCAGUUUCUUCAUUGCAACGGGCUAAUAACAAGUUGAAAUGCACUUCAAGGCUAAUUUGUCUACAUCUUAUAAAAUAUGCUUUCUAUAAAUGGAGAGAACAUGCCUUAAACUAGAGGUUAUAAAACGGUAACACUUGAAUAUACAUGCUUAAUAUAGAAAUGGACCUUGGUCAAAAAUAGAACAUUGUUUUUACCAUGAAAACAUUGGAACUAAUGACUCUUUGAAUUUCAUUUGGGAAUAAUUUUCAUUUAAGUAAUAUGCAAAGGUUUUUCCCCUUUUAUAGUUUUGCCAGUGAAAAGUUGCAGGAUGAGAAGGAAGUUUAUUCUAAGAAACAUAUAAGAGGAAAGAGCAGGAAGUCUAUUCUAAGAGCAUAUAAGAGGAAAAAAAAAGAGUAUUAAAAGAACAUCUUGAAAGUGAGUUGUUUGGAAAUUAAAUGUUUAUUCUGUUUCUUAUAAAUGACAAAAUAUUUUUCUGACCAAAAAGGAACACCAUUCACAAGCAUAUUUAUUUUGCUGAACAGGUAAAAAGGGUUGGGUUUUCUUGUUUUGUUUUGUUAAAUCACCCAGUUCAAAGAAAUGGUGUAUUCAGUGACACUGAUUUUUGUCUUCUUCCAACUCUUCCAUCAAACUGUUCUUUUUCUAAUCUAUGUAGAGUGUUUUCUCUCAUUGCCUCUCUUCUCCUCCACAAAUGCUACUUCGCUUUCCUUCCUCAUUUCCUUUGUUAGGAGUAAAUAGUAUGCCCUGUCACAUAGCUCAACUCUUUCCAGUCUUCUUUCACCAUCCCUGCUAAAGAAUAGAUGUAUGUCACAUAUGUUAUUAUAGAAGAGGGAGAUUAAUAAUGGACUUGCAAGCUGCCUUAUAUCAACCUUACUGAAAGAAGGAAUAUUACAAAUGAUAUAACUUUAACGUAGUUGUCUGCCUGAGUAUUUAUAUCUAAAAUAUAUGUACUUUCCUGUGCUCUUCACCUGUUUUGGAGUUUGUCACACUGUUUUUGCUGUAUAGUCUCCUAUAAUUUUGUGUAAAAGAGUGAACCCAAAUGCAAAGUUUCUAUCUGGCAGUUGUGUUUUUACUUGUAACUUUAUAACUCUGCCCUUAACAACUGCAGUUGUCUUUCCAUAAUCUGUUUUUUCUUCAAGAGUUUACUUAAAGAUGCAGGCUUUGGACAAAUUGCUCUCCUGUUCCAAAGAGAGAAUAGUAGUUUUCCUUGCUUUCAGCUGCAAAGUCUAAGCAGUCCAUCAUAGGAUGGGCACUGUGGUAAGUCAGCAUAAGUAUGCAAGCCAUAGUAAGUUCAAUCAUGGUGUUCCCAAAGUCUGUGACAGGGGUCUCAGUGCCUGUGUGUAGCCAGGCUCUCAUUUGUUCUCACAAGGUCAUAAUGAAGGAUGCAUUGAAGCUAAUAUUAAAGGUCUUCAACAUUUGCAAAACACUGUUAUUGUUACAGAGGAUAUUUUGUAGUGGUAGUGAAAAGACUUCUGGAAUGAGAGCACAUGUAUCUGUGAUACACAGAAGAGCUGCAUUGCCUAGAAGCACAGGAUUUUUUCUGGGUAAUUCACUCUGGAAGUCUACAAAGAUGAAAUGCCACAGAAGUUAAAGUUUUCUGAUAUGUCCGUCUGCUUUCUGUAGAAGGCUGCAUGUGAUGUAAGAGGAGCCCUGCUGGGAGCAGUCCUGGGUAUUUCUAAGGUAAUAUUUCAGGGGAAGACAAUGUUAGAGAAGGCUCAAAAUGAUACACUUAUGAUUUUCUUUUUGAGGAAGUUAAGAAAGUCACUUUCUCACAGACAUAACCCCUUAUUUUCCUUUGCUGUUUUGAGCUAUGAAGUUGUGUUAAAGGUUUCACUCCCCAGAAUAGUGACAACUUAAGAGUCAUUUUAGAUUUAAACCUGUGUAGCAGAUACCAGAAUCUGAUGUUAGACAUAAUCUGGUACAUUUUUAGCAAAGUGCAGAUGUACUUGAAUAUAAUAACCAUUUGCCUAUAUAUACCAUAUAGCAAAUAUAAUGCUAUGAUUUGUAUGAGUAUGCUUUAUUUGAGUGAGAUUGUGAUACCAGUAGAAUUGCUUGACUGUGGAAGAGACUGAUACUCAGAUCCUGUAAUAUGCAUGUGUUGGUGGUACCUGCAUUUAAAUGCACCAUUAUUAAAGAAUCCGGAAACUACCGCGGAGGUACAAGUGAACAUUACUACAACUAAGAGAGGUUUCAGAGUAUGAAUUCUUCAGUGUAGUAAAUCUUUGCAGAGGAUUCUGGGGGGAGUGCCUGUAAUUACCUUUAAAUUCAGAGUAGAUUUUUAGAUGCACAGUGGCAGAAAUGCACAAUUUUGUAUCCAUCUGGUGGUGAUAAUGCAUCUAAUACUAUUUUGCUAAUGUAUUUGCUAAAGGUAUUCACAUGAUUAAAAAAAGGUCUACUAAAUAUGUAGUAAUUGCAACUUACAGCAACCUUAGCCUUAUUUCAAGCAAGAAAAGGCUGAUCAUUUGAGCCUUUUCUGCAUCUCUCUCUUUUGGAAAAUCAGAAAAGCCUGAAUCCAUAGUUCAGGCCACUCACUGACCGUGGUUAUAGUGACAUAAAUUUGGAGGGAGUGUGUUGGAGUCAGUGUGGAUUUAUGAUAGCCUAAUUGAUGGCAUAGUUUAUAGCCUUUGUGUCUGUGAAAAUGAUAUAUAUUGCCUCAUACCAUGCAACAUUGAGUGGUGCACUAUGAUCCUAAAUAAGAUAAAGUUCAAGAGGAAUCAUAUAAUGUACAAUGAAUGCUACUUUUAUGGCACUUAUCCCAUUUGCUGUCAUAAAUUGCAUGUUUUAUUGACAGGUAUAUCUUAUUAAUUAUAUUUACAACUUUUGAACUUUUGUAUUUUUUUAAUAUGGUUUCUUUCUAUUAAUAGCACAAUAUAAUACUGUGAAGUAUGGAAUUAAUUUAAAAACUUUCAUUUUCUGUCUUUUGAUACCACAUUCAUGAAUAUGGUUAAAAUAGCUGGAGAAAGUCUCUGCAGUUCUUUCUGCCAGAGAUUGUUUCCAAUAGAGGUAUUCAUAAAGUAAUAGACUAGGUAUGAGGCUGGCAGAACCUAACCAUACAGAGAGUAUAAGUUAAGUUAGUAAGUACAUCCAGGAAGGCAGGUGGUUGUUUCACUAAUGUUAUGCAGAUAAUGUGCAUAACACAUUAUCUGCAUAAUAAUUACAUUAUUGUAAUUAUUGACCAUUACAGGAGGAAAAUAAUUCAGGUUGUAUAGUGCUGCCCAUACAAGAGGAAAACCAAUUGGCUUACAAAAAACUGCAUUGUUUUGUAUUGUGAAACACUUUGCAAAUUCAAAAAUUUUACCUGAAUAUAUUUUAUUACCUAUGCAAAUUUUUUAUGCUGUCUGUGAAGUCAAAACUGGGCAGAAUAUGUUAAGUCUAUUUUAAUAUUGUGGAUGCUUCCUCUGUUCUGUGGUCUCUGCAGAUUGCAGUGCACUGUGAAAACUACACUAGUUUCAAAUGGUGCUUUUUUAUGAAAUUUGCUACUUUGAAAUAUUACCUUGUUUUAAAAACACUAUUCAGACAUUUGCCUCUGUUAAUAUUACAUUGUAAUAUGUUUUAAAAGAACUUGACUGAAAUAAAGAAAAUGAUAAGUCUUCA